ACACAUCUCUCUGGCGAUGCAGUUUCUGCUGCUUUCACCACUUUUUCUCCUCCCGUAUCCUCUUGCUCCCGCUCUCUCCUCUGCUCUCCUCGCCCAUUCGGCAUUGCGCAAACUCGUGAGCUGACGAUCGCAAUUCCGAAGGGAAUAGGUUGAACCCGUCCCGCUUUGGAAUUGUAUCGUAUCACACACCGCCGAGGCACCUUCUUGUCCUCCACUGCCGAUUUUGCCAUUCGCUUCCCCUCCCGUCCAACUAGAACUGGCAGCCAGCCCCUGGUCGGGCUCGCUUGCUUAGUCCCUCCACAAUGGGUUCUCGAGAGUCCGACCUCCAAGACCGCUCACGAGAACACCGGCGCAGCAAGAACGAGCGGGAUCGGGACAAGGACAAGGACAGAGAACGUAAAGGAGACCGAGACGGGCACCACCACCACAAAUCCCAUUCGACUCGCUCCAAGCAUAAAACCGCCUCCGAGGUCGAUGCGCUUUCCCCCUCACACCGCCGCCACCGGAACAAGGAAGAGAAAGACAAGGAGAAGGAGCUCGAGAAGAAAUCAUCGUCAAUGAACGACCUAGUGCCCGAAUUCGCCAAGACGUCCAUCUCCGGCAGUAGAAUCAGCUUGCCAUACCCUACUUUCAGCAAAGCCCAUAGCAAGGAAGCCGUCCAUAUCUCUGAGGAUGUAGACGCGUCCGCCCGUCGCCCUGAUCCUCCUACCCCCGAGCCGACAGACCUCGGUGCAGGUAGGAGGAGGUCCAAGUCCGUAGGUGGCUCGGCGAAUCGGAAGAGCUCGCAGAAAGACGACCGCCCUCCCAGCCCGCCCGAAACAGAUGUGUCGGGAGACAAGGUACGACGCAGCAAGACGUCCGCCGCAAGGUUAAGAGAGGAGCACGGAUCGGAUAGGCCGAGAUCGAGGACGUCGGGCAUCUCCAGAUCCAGUUCGAAGCACGAUAACAAAUCCAAGCUGUCCAGAGCCUCCAGUCAGGCAACCACCAUCAAAUCCCCCAAUGCAAACCCGCCACCAUCUAUAUACACGGCCAACGAUGAUGCCUCUAACUUGAGCGGCUUUAAAAGCGUGAGGGCGUCAUCAACAGCCACGCCCUCCGCACCGAAGCGUUCGGCUUCAUCAAGAACCCCCAGGAUUCCCAGCCCAAUCGAGGCCCAAGAUUCGCCCGAGUCCGUACAGGAUUCUUCGCCGAAAACUCCUACCGUUACACCGCAAUUUCCCCCGUCGCAUGUUUUUCCGAAUGAGAAAGCCCACCAAAAUGCCAAAUAUGAGGAGCAGCCUGAGCGCCCUACGCCUGCGGCAGCAACGCCAGCACCCGAUUACGCGCCGCCCCCACCGCCGCCGCCGCCUCCUCUCUCGCUAGAUAUUCAUGAAGUACCGCGCGUCGACUAUCUUCUCCAGAACGGCGGGUUACCGCAUCCUGUCCCCCGACACUUCCUGGCCGUGAUUCCACGCCAGAGCGGGAUGCGAGGCUCAAGUCAGCCCCUUGCCGGGCCGGACGCCUUUUUUGCUCCUUUUUUCAACCUACUAGAUCAAUACAAGCUAGUCCUUCAGAAACAGGGCUCGGUGGCAGUGGCGACGGGCCAUAAGUCGGUAGCGCGUCGGUUACUCGAUCGACUAGAAGACGUCUUUUCGCGAGACCUCCCUGUGGAGGGUUGUGCAUGCGUCAUGUGCGAAAAGACGCCGGAGGAGCAUCGAGGAUUGGGCUGGGGCGAGGUCCUAGAACGGGUCGGUGGUAGAGUAGAGAUGCCGCCGUGGCCCCCAUUCGACAUGGCGUCCGUAGGUGCGAACGCGAUUGAGACUGUUGCGGACAUGCCUCCUAGGCCGAGGUCCCCCGUCAAGCUGGAUCCUGAUAUCGCGGAGGAGUUUAGGGACCACUACCUGCGGCAGUCCAAGAAGGUUAGGUCUGCAGUCGAUAAGUGGAUGACCAACUGCGCGGAGGCGCCGGCGCCGGCACCGUCGGAGAUUGACGAUGAGACGCUAACCUUUGCCAUCCUGACCAACCUGAACCAGGAAGAACGGCCAUAUUACAACGCGCUGUUGUCUGGCUCGAAGGAACUGCAACCUGCUCUGCGAGCGCCCACACCCCUGCGCAAACCUCGGACGGAUUUCAUGGUCAAGACGGGCCUCGCGCUCCAGCGACUCUACCGCCUGUCUCAAGCCCCUCGAGACUCGGAGACGGCCGUGUUCCUCGUGAAGAACCCGUUCCAUCACGAUCUUCUCGCGACGAUCACGGAUAUCAACCCCCAGGAGUGGGAGAUACUCAUAUCGGGCCGCUUUGACGGCUUCCUCUGGUCCGGAGCGGAUGCCGACGAUACGAUCACACCCACCCCCGAGAAUCCACUGUCCAGAGGUGCUACGCCCGCGAAUGGUUUUAGCUCCCCCCCACCGUCCCGCGGUCCCGGCGCGGGAAUGCGCUACACGCCAGGCUUCAGCGUGUCUCGUAGCACGACGCCUUUCUCCGGGGUGUACUCCCGUGGCGCGACGCCGGCUUCCUUCGUCUCGCUAUCCUCGUCCGUCGCACCCGGUUACAACCGCCAGCCCGUGUCCCACGACGAGGAGGCCGAGAUGGCCGUCCUAGCCGAGGUAGAGAGGGAGAUCUACCAAGGUAUGGAAGCCCUCGAGGACGCAUUCGAGAGGCUUCACGAGCACGCCGAGUCUGUGCGGAACUCGCUGCGCCAGCGCAAUAACGGUCUGCUCCUGAGCAAGCAGCACCGCCGCGCCGGAAAGAUCGAUGUCCUGCCCCAGCUAUCGGGCAACUCGCAAGGCUCCGAGAGGCCUCCGUGGGCCAUCAGCGAGGACGACGGAGUUGCGAGCGAGAGCGACUGGGGUGGUGACGACUUUGACUUGGCCCCCGAAGAUUCUGCUAGCAACAUUUCGAGCUCGAGACAUAGACGCCCCAAGCGGAGGAACGAGAGGAGGACCCCAGCGCCUAUCGAGGAGGAUGACGAGGAAAACUGAGCGGGGCCGCCUCUGCUCUCGACUUGAUGUCGGCUUUAUUUUGGCAGAGCGGAGGUGGGUGACUUGGAACUAUGCCACUUCCUCCGUCGUCGCCAUACGAAAUACCCCUCAGGCCUUUUUUAUCCCUUUCAUACUUUUUUAUUCGGUGCGGGCGGACGGGCGAGCGAGCGAGCGAGCGAGCAAAUUGGUGACGUCGCUGCGUUACGUAGAUGGGCGGUUCGGAAAAAGGGCAAGCAAAACGGGAAAACGAAAGCAGACUUGGGAACGAGUUCCCAGGCUAUCGCCGCCUUCGCCGGGUUGUCAUUUAGCUACGUGUUCAUGAUCGCCUCGCAUAGGUACGGAGUUACCGUCGUUUAGUGUUGGGGAGAUAUCACGUCUUUAUUAACGUCUAAUUCCAUCUGCAUUACGGGGAAAAGAGUGAAAGUUUUGCUAGUAUACUUUUUUUGGUCUUUCUCAGGGUAUACUUGCCCCUCUUGGGCGAUGCUCUCUGGCGCGAAAGCAAGACUGCCAUCGCCGCCACCACUAUUGCUACUACUACUACUUUUACUACCACCAACAGGGUUGGGGAAUUAGUUUUAGUUACUUAGUUCUAGUUAAGAGCUGUCUUAGUUUUCUCCCAAGCUUGAACCAGCUAAAUUCACUACCCUGACUACCGCUA